AUGUCAAGGACGUAUGAGGACUUCAUAAAAACGAGGCACCAAGUUUUUCGGAAGUCCGCUAAAAUUGAAUUUAACCAAAUCAGGACGUAUGAGGACUUCAUAAAAACGAGGCACCAAGUUUUUCGGAAGUCUACUAAAAUUAGAAAAAUAGGAAUCGGUUUGAUAAUGAAAAAUGUUUUUUUCGUUGUUGCUUUGAUACAGAAAUUCCUCAAACCGGAUAUUUUAGUCAGCACGAAAGGUUCCUGGGAGCACGUAAGAGAGCGUCCAUUUCUGACGAAGAUAAUUACUGGGAAACCUUUCUGUAGUGUCCAACUCUCCAUCAUUCGUCUCACAUUGAAGUUGAAGUAUCUUCUCAGCUUAUUGAAAACGAGUUUUUUUAUAAAUUUAAUUUAA